AGCGGGCGCGGAUUGUAAACAUAUCUUCCGUGUUGUUAGUCACUUAAUCACUUUGGAUCUGACCGCUUUCUAGCUUGUGUGUUCCACGCUAUUUACCGCAAAUCUGGCACACUUCCCGCUUGGGUAAUACGUUGAGGCUACAUCUGGUUGAUAUCGGCAGAUAUUGUUCCUCUUAAAGGCAUUUUGAGACAUCGAGGAAGGAAUUGUCGUGUGUCUGACUAUCGAACUCGAGGCAAUCAAGGUCAGUGUUCGUCUGAAAACACUGGAAGUCAGUUCUAGUGUAAUCAAGAACUAUUUUGCAUUGAAAAAUUCUACAAAAUUUUGUGACGAUCAUAUCAUGAUGCAUGUAAAAUCUAUCUUUCAUUUUCUUGUCCAAUAACACCGCAUUGGAAGCUGGUAGGGUUUAUCAAAGUGGGCAGUACUGCAAGCCAAGCCUGUAAGUAGAGAAUAAGCCUCUCACGCCACGAACGACAGCUCACAUCAAAGUGACCAUUGAUGAACCAGCUUCUCAACUCGCAAUUAUAAUUUUUUCUAAAGGUACAGCGGCCGAACAACUCAACUCGCAAUUAUAAUUUUUUUUAAAAGGAACAGCGGCCCGAACAAAUGCCGGCGACUUCAAAUACUAACAGUGAAUGGUAACUUUCGAGACGAUGUUUGCUAAACAUUGUUUUUUUUAUAGCAAAUCARGGUCAUAAUCAGUUCUGAAUCUUAAGGAGGAAAAGCCGGAUUCUUCUUGAGUGCUUGAUAUCCAAGCAAGCUAAUUAUAAUCGUUCUAUUUGAUUUUGGAAAGUACGUAAACUUCGUUUGAAUCAGCACUUGAAUUGGGAGUAUUCUAAUUAGACUAAAGGGUAUACGGAGUAAAGGAGUUGAGGGAAGACAGUUCUAGUCACUAGGACAAAACUGUACAUGCAUCGGGUUUGAUACAACCGACCCCAAGUAAAGAGUUGGAAUCGGYUUAUGUGAUAGCGAAGAUUAAGGAUUUGAGUUCAGAGUUAGUCGACUGUUGUCUGGCAAAGCUAGUGUGUACAGAUAACUAAAUAUCUUGGAUUAAACCCAAGGAAAAUUAAAGUCAAGCACUGUUUUCGUCUUGACCAGAAACCGGCUUUGGACAUCGUAUCAGUUAUGGAGUCUCUCAACAAUUCCGAUGUUUUAGAAGAGUUUGAAGAUGAAUCGUAUAUGUCGGCAUCAGAGAUUAUUUUGUGGUCGACUAUUUUUAUCAUUGAAGCAAUCUUCAUCAUUUUGGGAAACCUAUUAACAAUGUUAACAUUUCUAAACUUCAAGCUUCGAAAAAACAAGCCGUUUUUCUUCCUAUUGAAUCUCUCCUUUGCUGAUUUUGUCGUGGGCGCGUUUUCGAUUCCUCUAUUCGUACAUGUAUUUAUUUCUUAUUUCACUGGCACACACACUAACGAAGGUGUUUACUUGAGUCACAGAUCACUAGAGGCUUUUACUCAAUUUAUUGCUAUUUUUUCAUUGGCUUUGGUAUCAUUGGAGCGGAUGUACGCAGUCGUGUGGCCUAUAAGACAUCGAAGAGCAAAGAUCAGAUCUUAUAUGAUAUGUAUAGCUUUCACRUGGGUGUUGGCCGCGGCAGUGCCUUGUCUCUCACACAUCCCUCUUCAAUCAAUCCAAACGCUAUCAUUUUACCUUUACUUCAUCUUCCACUCAGCAGCUCUAGUGCUCAUUUGCAUAGCGUAUAUUAUGGUCUGGAUGUGGGUCACGUGUAAUCGUCCACGAGUCAUCAGCCGCCAGCAUGAGCUGGACCGCAAGCUUGCGCGGACAUUAGUCCUGGUUACUGUGGUGUCUCUCAUCGCCUGGAUACCCUUUCAACUGAUUUAUUACAUCGGAAAUCUGUGUAAAACCUGCGCUUUUAUUCCUAACACACCACUGUACUUCAGCAAAAUGUUGCAUUAUGGAAACUCUCUUGUGAACCCUGUUGUCUAUUGCUUUCGUAUCCCGGAAUUCUACAAAAAAACUUUACGAAUUUUACACCUGCGAAAACCGCCCGCUAUUGUUCAGACCAACGAUUCUAUCGAGCUGCGAAGGCGUCAUGAUGUGAAUGCUAGCCCUUUGAAGAAUUCCAUCGUGACAUAUCGAGAAGAAUACCCAUUCUCCCGUGACAUGAAAUCAAUGGACAGUUGCUGUGAUGUUUGAAGUGCAGUUAUAUUGGUAUCAGUAGAUAAUGUCAUUCAUUAUUCUGUUAUCAAGUCAACUAGAAACAUCCUUCCUGAUGCCGGGAUGCUAGUCUCAAAAUCGAUCCAAUACUAAGAUAUUGGUUAAUGUUGGUGAUGAUCGUCGCACAUAUCGUUUUGACGUAAAACUUAAACUGUAUGUCUGUAUCGAUGUAGAUAUCUGACCUCAUGUCUGGGUUUGACAUGUUGAGUAAAUAAUUGAACGUUAUAUAGGUAAAUGACUUAAGAURACAAUGAUAUGAGAAACCGUUAGAUUAAACGUGCACAGUAAACGUUUGGCCUUCGUAGAAUAUUGCUUUUGUUUGCCAAACACAAAGCUCCCGCGUUUAGUUUCCAUAAAAGCUUAGGGAUUGUGAUGAGUAGACGUCGGGGUAUUCCAAUUGUAUUUAAAUGUCAAAAGGGUAGCCGUAACGUUAGAUUCUUUCAAAUGAAGAAGAUUAGCAAGUAA